AUGGAAAUGAGUGAAGUAACAUUCCUGUUUUUGGUUAUAAUCGCCGUAUCUUUUUCUGAUGCAGCAAGGGAUAAAGACUUCUACUGUGCUGCAUGUGAAGUGAUCGCCGAUGAAGUGGAAUAUGCAAUUUCUAAAGUUGACCCGAAGAAGACAAUUGAAAUAGAGGGCUUUCGGGUUGAUCCACAAGGAAACCAAAAGAGUAAAAGUAUUUUAUAUGCAAGGUCAGAAACUCAUUUGACUGAAGUGAGUGAAAAUCUAUGCAGCGGAAUGAAUAAUUAUGCACAAUCAAAAGACAAAGAUUCUGGGAGAGUAAAAUUCGUGCGUACAAAAUCAAGAGAUGGCGAAGCAAUUACUUUAGAAAAUGUCUCAUUGAGCGGCGAUAUAUCAGAUAAACUUCGCUUUACAUGUGAAAACAUUAUCGAGGAGCAUGAAGAAGACAUUAUUAAGUAUUUUAAGAAAAGUAGAAACAAUUAUAUUAAGGGUUUUUGUACUAAAGUCACUAAGCUUUGCAGCAACAAAAAAGAUGAAAAUAAAAGUGAACUUUGA